AGGGCGUGGUGGCUCCAUUGCUGCACGGGCCUUGCUGUUCCAAGGGGAGGCAGCAGAGGGAGGAGGUGCAUGGACGGGCGGCAGUGGGAUGACUAAUGGCCGGCACUCACUACGUGCCCUGCUGACCGCUGCUCACCACCGCAUGCGCUCAUGCGCGGAGGGGGAGUGGGCGGCAACGGGAUCUGGAGGAUCAGGGAAGUGCUCCCUCCUUAGCUCCUGGAAGCACUCAAACAGCACCAACAGUGUGUGGCGACUUACAGAGUGGGACGUUCCGUGUGCGGCGGUAUGCACAAGCCAGCAGCCAACCAAUCGCACGCCACAUGCAACCGAUGGAGACGAGCCGCAUGGGACGCUGCUGCUUGCUGCUGUCGCCCGGGAGGAUUUCUGCUGCCCUGCCUUGGGCGACUCGCUCUCUGCGUCCACGCUUCUCCUGUAG